AUGACUCUUGUUUCCAAGAAUACUGACGAGGCCUCGGCCACGAAUAUGCCAAAUACUGCGAGCAAAACGGCUACUACUGCUACGCCUCAUAGAGCGAAGGAAGGAUAUACUCCGAAUGCGUACUGCCUUCUCCACCAUUGCAGCUGCAUCCUCGCCGCUUUGGCAGGUGCUCAAUCCACCAGCAUUGAUGUGGACGCAAUCACCGUUGCUGUCCCCACCUCGGUUUUUGUUCUUCCCGUAGUCUAUGUCACUGCUGAGGGUGCCCCUACUUUGACUGCCACUACCCUGGCCAGCACUGCUACCCCAAGCAGCGAUCCUAGCGCUACUGCCGUCUUCGACUCUCCCGCAGACGUCACUGCUGCUAUUGUCUCUGCCUCUGAGAUUGCUGCAUCCUCUUCCAGCGCUGCUGCAGCCUCUGCCACUGCUGUUGUAGUCAAGCGUGAUGGCUCCUGUGUUCAGCAGCCUCUUGGUAUUGCUCACGUGUCUGUCCCCGACACCGCUGCUGCCUUUGCUGCCGACCCCUUCUACGGUAUCCAGGCCCUCGCCGCUACUCUCCCUACCGGAUAUGUCCAGACCUUCAGCAACCUGACUGCUUCCAACUCUGCUGACCAGUACGUCGGUUUCACUCUCAUGAACUCGUACGAUGUUGCUGCAUGUGGUCAGCAGUGCACCAGCAUGAGCGGUUGCAACUCGUUCAACAUCUACUUCGAGAGAGAUCCCCAGUACGAUCCUUCGGUCGCUGGAUGCAGCAACCCCAGCUCCACCACCAACAUCAAGUGUGUCUUCUGGGGAGGUGCUGUCACUGCCGCCAACGCCAACAACUUCGGUCAGAUGCGUGAUGGAUUCAACGUUGUCAUUGCUGGAUCCAACGGAUACAUUGCCGGUUCUUUCGCUGCCAAGCUUGCUGCGAAGGCUACUGCCACCGCUAGCUCAUCUUCUGCUGCUGCUUCGGCCACUGACGUCGCUGGUAACAUCUACACCAUCUACUACUCUUCCGACAGCACUCAGGGCGCAUACUCCAACGCUCAGGCCAGCAGCUCCUACACCGACUGCAUGACUGCUUGCGAUGCCGACUCUCAGUGCAACGCCUUCACCUACGUUGGCGGACAGAACGGUGUUGGCUCUGGUACCUGCUGGCUCAAGGCUACACUCGGAAGCCCUUCCAGCUCUGGAAGCAAUGUCUUGUCUGGUGUCCGCUCCGGCAAGGCUGUCUCUUCCUCCUCUAGCAGCGUUGUCUCGACCACCUCUUCCUCUUCCAGCUCGUCAUCCUCGGUCUCGAAGACUUCUAGCACUGCUUCGGCAACUAGCACCUCUUCUUCCAGCAGCUCUGUUGCCUCGACCACCAUGUCUUCCUCGUCGUUCAGCACUGUUGCAUCAAGCAACAAGACCUCGUCUUCUUCCAGCUCUUCAGCUACUACUUUGAGCACCAUCACCAAGUCUGCAUCUUCGACUAGCAGCAGUGCUACCAGCACCACCGCCAGCAAGACCUCGAGCACCACUGCACCUGCCGCCACCACCAGUGCAGCUUCUUCUUCCAGCCAGGUCUGCUACCCCUGGAUGCUUUGCUGGUGGUUCUAAACGGAUCGCCAGCUGAGGCAGUGA